AAUAACAAUAACAACAAUAUUUAAAGAACUUUGAAAUAAGAAAAAAAAAAAAAUAAAUAAAUAAAAAACAACAAUCGUUUAUUCGCGAUAUAAUUUGAUUGUGACGGUUAUAUGUAAUCGUAUGGGACGGAAUUGUCGAUUUUUUUUUUUUUUUCUUUUGGUGCGUGCCGUGCGAUCGUGAUUACAUGUGAUUUUUUUUUUUUCUUAUCUCGCUGCUCGUACACGUAUGCGAUAUACGAAAAAACUACAAGAAUCGCACAAUAAUCAACAUAGUAAAAUCGUGAUAAAUAUAGUAAUAUAAUAUAUAUAUAUGCACGCCUACAUACGCACGUAGGAUAAUAAAUAUAGAAGAGUGAUACACGGUUCGAGGAAGAGAGGAGGCAGGAAAGACGGCGAUAUAAAAUUCCUCAUCGUUGCCAUACGCGGGGCGGGUGGGAGGGGAGUGAUUUUAUUUCCCAACACCGUCGACAAUAUGAUGGAUUCGGGGCCCGGUGUCCCGUUCGAUUUGGAGGGUAGUUUCGAGCCCCAGGCACGCGCGAGAUCCAACACAUGGCCGCUACCUCGGCCCGAUGGUUACGACGAUGGGCCCGUCGGUGCGGCGGGGGGCCCGGGGGGCGGGGGCGUCGGCGUCGGCAAGGAGGGGGUGGAGGGCGGUACGCCACCGCAGCAGGGGGCGCUGGGUCCGGGGGCCGGAUUGAUGCCGGUAAAGAAGAACUCGUCGCGCAGAAACGCGUGGGGGAAUUUAAGCUACGCCGAUCUCAUCACACAGGCGAUUACCAGCGCCGCUGAGAAACGUCUUACGCUGUCGCAGAUAUACGAGUGGAUGGUCCAGAAUGUUCCGUACUUCAAGGACAAGGGGGACAGCAACAGCAGUGCCGGAUGGAAGAAUUCGAUAAGGCACAAUUUGUCGCUGCACAAUAGAUUCAUGCGGGUGCAGAACGAAGGAACUGGCAAGAGUUCAUGGUGGAUGAUAAACCCGGAUGCAAAGCCAGGAAAAUCGGCACGGCGACGUGCGACGUCGAUGGAGACGAGUAAGUUCGAGAAGCGUCGAGGUCGCGUAAAGAAGAAGGUCGAGGCGCUUAGAAACGGUGGACUUCAGGCCGACGCUACACCGAGUCCCAGCAGCAGCGUCAGUGAGGGCCUCGACCUGUUUCCGGACAGUCCUCUCCACUCAGCAAGCGGUUUUCAGCUUUCGCCGGACUUUCGACCUCGGGCUUCCAGCAACGCUUCGUCCUGUGGCAGGCUAAGUCCGAUUCCCGCUGUCUUCGGAGAGCCCGACUGGACACCAUCCUACGCGCCAUCCUACAGCCCCGAUCAGCUCGCUGGCAGCUUGGCCGAGUCCAUGAAGCUGGAAUCAUACCAAAUGUACCAAACCUCACCGCCGAACCACCAGCAGACCGGACCUCCACCUUCUUACUACGAGGCGCAGUACCAGCGGAACAACUCCUUGCGCACCGGGUCCUCAUCCUACGGCUUACCACCCACGCCUCAGUCCGCCAACCAGCAGAGAUGUCCUCACCACCGCCUCCAGCCCUGCGCCUGUCAAAUGAACCUGAGCCCAGUCUCCGGCAUGUCACCGUCCUAUUCGCAAAGUGAACCUAGCCCGUCGUCGUUGGGGGGAAGCCAACAGCAACAGCAACCACCGCAGUACCUAAUGCAGAACCAGCAACAGCAGCAACAGAAACAGCAUCAACAGCGUCAAGCGCAAACAAGGCCCGCGGGUCCAAGUCCACCGCACACGCCAUCGCCCUGCACGCCGACACCGAGCACAAUGAUGGGCCAGUUGAUGGGGGCCCUGAACAACGCGACGCUACUAGACGACCUGAACAUCAACAUCGAGUCGCUGCACGGCGGCUUCGACUGCAACGUAGAAGAGGUGAUAAAGCACGAGCUGUCGAUGGAAGGCUCCCUCGACUUCAACUUCCAGCAGGGCGUGAUGGGCGUUGCGUCCGUGCAGGUCAGCGACGCUGGUACCGUUGGCCAGGGCGGCGUCUCCCAGAGCAAUCAGAGUACCGCCAACAACGCCACGGUCGUUUACGCUAACGCGGCGAAACCAUCAGCACCUUCCUGGGUCCACUAGCGACCAAAGACCUCAGCCCUCCUCGUCACUGCACCCGGAACGUUUCUGCAGUAUCUCGACACGACGACGACAUCUGACGGAGUCGAGGCGCGCUGCAUCGUUUCAGAUGUACGCGGAGGGCUGCAGUAUAAGACCGUGGAAGGAUUGGUUUGUGAUAAAGUACAGUAGGUUAUUUUAAUUUCUUUUCCCAUCGUCCGUUUUUGUUCAGUUUUUGCAACUUUUCCUUCCCCGACAACGAUAUAACCGCCUGUGUACGUACUUCAAAAGAAAAUAUAAAUCAGCUUAAAACACAGACAAAAAUAGAUGCCAGCCUACACACAUUCAACUAUAAAUAAAUGAGUACAUAUAUAUAUGUGUAUAUAUGUAUCUUAUAUGUACGAUUAAUUAGUGCAAUUGGUGCAAAGAUGAAAGAGAGAAGAGAAAGAGGAGAAAAGAAAACAACAACAACAACAAUGACGAAAAAUAUUUAACUAUAUGUUAAAUGUAAUCUAGGAUUCUGUUUUUAUAGGUGCUCAAAUGGUAGUGGAAUUAAAUAAUAUAACGAUAACAACAACAACUAAACAAAUGAAAUAAUAAUGUUAAUGAAAGUAGACGUAAGUAAAUAAGGAGUUAAGUUAUUGAGUAAGUAGAAAGAAGGAGGGGGGACGGGGGGGGGGGGGGGAUUAAAUUUGAAAAACUUGGAAUAAAAUGAAAAACGCGACGCGAUGUGAAUUUUCUUCAACGCUACGUGGGAUCCACUGCACGACGGAAUUUCAAAUUCCCAAAAUAAUUUUUUCUCUUCAAUCUUCAAUAUCCGUUGAUACUUCAUACCUCAAAAAGAGAUUAAAAACAUGAGCGG